ACCUCUGAGACGUGUGAAAUGCCACUGUUGACUACUUGUAAGAGGAGGGAAGAACUGCAGGCUGUUGCGGUUGUAUUAUCCAUGUGCUCUAAUUACUAAAACUCACGUCACGCAUUUAUGCCUGUUGGUAGACCAAAAACUAAAUCCUACAAUUAAAUUGGCUCGGGAAAUGAACUAAGCAGGGCUAGCAGAAUUACAACUGUUGGCUCUUUAUUUAGUCAUCAGAGGAGCCUAUUUCGCAACCAGCGAGGAGCAUCCCUAGCGUUACAGGUGUCGCCUCCUGACCGAGCGGUAGCCGACGCUUCAUCAUAGCGCGGCCCGGAGCCUCCUUUCCGCGCUCCCAGAGCCCAGCGGGCGGAGCCGCGUCCCGCCCGCCCAACCCGCACCGGCGGCUGCGGCUCCGGCCCCACCGCCGAGCCCGAGCCCUUCCCCGGGCGGCGGGGUCGGGCCGCCCUGUCCCGCCCCACUGCCGGAGGGGGCCGCCGCCGCCGCUUCCAAACUUUCGACCGGCCGUACCGUGCCGUGCCGCUGCCCCAUCGCCAGGGAGGAGAGAGCCGCCCCGGUGAGUGUGCGAGAGGCGGGCGGCGGAGGAGGUAUGGAGGGACCCGUGUUGAGCCGUACCGCGCACUGGGAGGCGGGAGCAGCCGCCCCACCGCGGGAAGACGGGUGUCCGCUCACUGCCCUGCCCUGCCCUGCCCUGCCCUGGGAGACCGGCUCCUGUGGCAAUGCCGGCGGUAGCCACGCUCGCUCGCCUCCCCGGGGCGGGAGGGAGAGACAACUCUGUUGCUUAGACCAGGCUGCUGCAAAGAUGGGGCCCCUGGAAGCAAUAGGUGAAGAAAACCAGACAGAUGAAAUGAAAAUGGAGCUCUUCACCAAGCUGUACUUGCCAAGACACACCACACCGCUCAAUGAAUUGGCUCUGGACCCUAAACCAGAGCUGAAGGACAGCACAACACUAGUUGAAGUGCAGAUAAUCCUCAUCUUUGCUUACUGCUCCAUCAUCCUGCUGGGGGUGAUUGGAAACUCCCUCGUGAUCCAUGUGAUCAUCAAGUUCAAAAGCAUGCGCACGGUGACUAACUUCUUCAUUGCCAAUCUGGCUGUGGCUGACCUGCUGGUGAAUACAUUGUGCCUGCCCUUUACUUUGGUUUACACGCUGUUGGGUGAAUGGAAACUGGGCCCGGUCUUGUGCCACCUGGUGCCUUAUGCCCAGGCUCUUGCUGUGCAUGUGUCUACUGUCACUUUGACUGUGAUCGCUUUGGAUCGGCACCGCUGCAUCGUCUACCACUUGGAAAGCAAAAUCUCUAAGCAGAUCAGCUUCCUGAUUAUAGGAGUUGCCUGGGCAGUCAGUGCCCUGUUGGCAAGUCCCUUGGCCAUCUUCCGUGAGUACUCAUUGAUUGAGAUCAUUCCUGACUUCAAGAUUGUGGUCUGCUCUGAGAAGUGGCCAGGAGAGGGGCAGCUCAACUACGGCACCAUCUACAGCAUCUCCAUGCUCCUGAUCCAGUAUGUGCUGCCGCUGGCAGUCAUCUCCUAUGCCUACACCCGUAUUUGGACCAAGUUGAGGAACCAUGUGAGUCCUGGGGCAGCGAAUGACCACUACCACCACCGGCGGCAGAAAACCACCAAGAUGCUGGUGUGCGUGGUUGUGGUGUUUGCUGUCUGCUGGCUGCCGUUUCACACCUUCCAGCUAGUCAGUGACAUUGACAGUCAGGUGUUAGACCUGAAAGAGUACAAACUGAUCUACACAGUGUUUCACGUGAUUGCCAUGUGCUCGACAUUUGCUAAUCCCCUUCUCUAUGGCUGGAUGAAUAACAACUACAGGACGGCCUUCCUCACGGCCUUCCAGUGCGAACAGCGGCUGGACUCCAUCCACCCCGAAGUGUCGGCAGCUUUCAAAGCCAGGAAGAAACUAGAAGCAAAGAGGAUUCAAUUCCCUGGAGACUCUUUCACACAACCUACCAAUGUCUAAGGUGUCUGACUUUAAAGAAGGAAUGAAUAUGUUGUGGACAAAGGGAUGAAUCCAUUUCGACACAUGCAUUUUUAAUGCAUACUUUUAUUUGUAAAUGGUGAAAGAAAAGUAGCAGGAAAGUCAAGGCAUGUGAUAUGAUUUGAGGGGAGUUGAUCAGCAUGAAGAGUAUGGAACUAUACAACUGCAAGUAAAUAAAAGGGAGAGACUUUGUGGUUGUCUCUAACAAUGUUAGACAUACUCCCAUCCCUCCCAAUCCUUCUGGCAAGUCUAAAUGACAAAGGCAGGGUUUGCUGGUUUGGCUAUAUGAAGGCAAAUGGCUGAUUUGUGACACAGGAAUACUGAUGGUGGGAGCAGGUAAUUUUUAUAUUGGAUAUGGAAGUUGGGGAGAGCAGAAGCCUGCCAGGAGAAUGAAGCCUAUCUGUGGGGAAUGGGCUGUGCUGGCUAAAGCUCAAACUUUUCAGACCCCUUCUCUCCCACAGGCAUCUUUUGCAAAGGUAGGGAAUUAUGAAGAGAAAUGUCACUGGUUUUUGACUUUGUCUUACUGAAGUACUUCAGAGUGUUUGAAAUAGAUUAGAGGGAAAAAAAAGAGGAAAAAAACCCCACAAAAACAAACACCCAAACAACAGAUUAAUUGUGAAGGAAGGUCAAGUUACUACCUAAAAUGAAAUGUGGAUUUUGGCCAAUCAAAUGGGGGUAAAAAGUAAUUCCUUAAGAAUUGGCUGUGGCUAUGCUGCUGAGAAAAUCAUGAGCCUGCGACCUGAUCAGUGAUUCCCUGCAGAUCCCUACCUUUCAUUCUGUGCUAGACACAGCUCAAAUGCAAUGCUUUAAAGUGGCAUUUGAGGGCAGGGGAUGCAGGCUCAGGUCUUCUGUGAGCGCUUCCGAAACUGCCAAUAUUUUCAUUUUCAAGACCUGCUUAAAUGUCUAAGGCAUUACUAACUCCACAGGCUUUGAAUUGUUGCCGCUUUCUCCCUGGAUAAUAAAACAGCAGAUAAUUUUGAUCCUCUGGAAAGGCUGCUUGAUGGUACAGUGCUUUUCGUUAUUGUGAUUUUAUGUCAUACACUUGUCUUGGGGCUUUUUCCAUCUUUAGCCUUUGUAUAACUAAGAACAUCUGAGUGACUGUAAUCUAAUAAAGUAUGCUAGGUUUAUGUGAUAACUUAUCAGUUAUUCUGCAUGCUGUAGUUAAUAGUUAAAUUCCUUUUUUUCUCAGGUAUAAAAUUUUAAUGUUUACUGUGUCGUACACAGCAAUGUUCAACUCUUCUGUGUCUUUGUUUAGCCUCCUUGAACUCAUUAAAGAGAUGAAGAAAAUUUCAACCCCUGUUUAUUCCAAGCUGCCCUGUGGCUUAUCUAUAAUAAAAAUAAGCGUAAUGCUUUCACGUGGUAUUUCUUUCCAGUUA